AUGUCGAAAACAAGAGUUUUGCUCGUCGGAGCAGCAGGUGAAACCGGUGGUUCGAUCGCCAAUGGACUUUUGGAGAAUCCGAUCUUUGAACUCUACGCUCUUGUCCGCCCCCGGUCGGUACAGAAACCCGCUAUUGUUGCCCUCCAGGAACGCGGGGUACAAAUCCGCAGAUGCGAUCUGAGAGGCUCCGAAGACUCCCUCACCGAUGCUCUCGAGGGAAUUGAUGUCGUCAUCAGCUGUGUCGGUCCUGCCGAGCAACAAGAUCAAAUCCCUCUCGCUAAGGCCGCGAAGAGGGCGGGAGUUCAGCGAUUUGUUCCAUGUGGCUUCAUCACCGUGGCGCCAGCCGGUGGUAUCAUGUGGUUGAGGGAUGAAAAAGAAACAGUGUACAACCACGUCAAACAACUCCGUCUGCCCUACACUAUCAUCGAUGUCGGCUGGUGGUACCAACUGUCCUACCCCAGGCUAGACUCUGGAAGAACAGACUAUGCUAUGACCUCCGCCAAUAACGAGAUUGUCGGUACCGGCAACACCCCCAUGGGCCUGACCGACUUGCGAGACAUUGGACGCUAUGUCGCUAGAAUCAUUGCUGAUGACCGGACAUUGAACAAGAUGGUCUAUGCAUACAACACGGUUAAGACACAAAAUGAGAUUUACGACCUUCUGGAAGAGAUCAGCGAAGAGAAAAUCCAAAGGAAUUACAUUCCGGAGGAAAGUGUCUACACUCGCGUACUCGCCGCUAGACAGUCCAGCGAGACCUACCCCUUCGAUCCCGUCAAAUUCAUCCCCCGGUACUUGGCCGAGUACCAAUUAUCUUGGGGCGUUCGCGGUGACAACACCCCUGAAAACGCAAAAUACCUUGGUUACCUGGACGCCAAAGAGCUCUAUCCGGACUUCAUACCAGUGGAUUUCAGGGACUACCUCGAGACCGUCGUCCGGGGCACAGCGAAGGGUGUAUACACCGACCGUAUGGUCUCGAAGGUCCAUCAGCGGGCAUUCCCACGCACAGAGUCGACCGAUUCCUUGUAUACUAGGAUAUUCCCCAGGACCGAGUCCAGCGAUUCUCUGUACAUGCGGUAGACACCAGCAUUGACAUGCUCGCAUAUGCGGCGCCGCUUUGAUUAUGAAGUAUUAUGAAGUUGUCUUUGAGACGAUCGGAUUCGCCUCGAAGCAACGGGGUUUCCUUUCUUCACCUUUCCGCGAUAUGGGUUAGACUGGCGUUUUCUUAUUGUUUUCGCUGGGGGAGCAGGCCCACGAUUGGGCCUCAGGCUACUAGAUCACCACUCCACCGAGAAUGGCAAAACAGGUUAUAUAUCAUUCUGUUCUCCAAGUCA